CUACAGUCCCCUGCCUGGAAUAGUGUCAAAGCUGCCCCUCCCCCAGCCAGCUUGAGGCCCAAGAGUUGGGAAGGUCAGGGAGGAGGAGACUCCCGCUAGUAGGUGAGAGCCCCACACACAGACCCUCUCACCAUGAAACUGGAGUCUAGGGGUCUGUGUCUCUGUGCAGCUGUGUGUUUCCCUAUUACUGCCCCCCGGGCAGUGCCCAUCCACGUGCGUGCCCUGGGGGCUCUGAGGCCCUAAAUAAGACUGGCCUUCGGGUCUCCAAAGAGACUUGCUGCCGCCCCUGUGAAGCAGGCACCUACCGCAGCCAGGCCCCGGAUGCCCAGGCCUGCCAGCCCUGCCCCCCUGGAUUCAGCUGCCACCAGGAUCGCUCAGCCAGUCACUACCCUGUGUACCAGAUGCAGCAUCUGUUCAACAGCAACCCCCACUGGGACUUUGGUGCCUUCAGGAGACUCAGCCACCUGGUACAAGAGACUCACCUCAACCUCUCAAGGUUUGCCCACCAAUUUCUAGAUCCAGGCACAUAUGUAUUUCAAGACAACGGGCUGCCUGAGAGCAUCAUGGUGGUGCUGGUAAAGAAGAAAGGAGCAGCCUGCGAUCCUGGUCUAUCCCCUAUACAGCCCUCCUCCCCAUAUCAGCUGGGCAGGCACGGAGUUCUCAGGCACAGACCACCGAACCUGGGCCCAGACUGGGCAGUGAUCACAGGAGUGCUACUGGCUAUUGGUUUAGCAACCUUUCUGCUGACAGGCCUCAGCCUCCUACUGAGACCCCCACCGGCCCAGGCCUGCCCUGUGAGGACUUGGCAGCCCCAGUGGAGGGGCACUGGGGAACCUCACAUGCCCACUGAGUAUGUGCCCCUCAGAGACAGCCUUCUGUCUUAUGAAGACCUUGGUCCUCGGGGAUCUGGGGAAGGAGCUGAUUCCAGGGAGAAAGCCAUUACCCAGGGCACAGGAGAGCCACUCCUUGUGAAGACCCUGGAGGACUUCAGCAUCCGUACUCUCUAUAACAAGCUCGAGGACCAGAAUCUGCACGUGGCAGCCCAGCUGAGGAAGCACAGGAGUGAUGCCCUGGCCUUCUACAGGGGUGCAAGCCUACAGCUCCAGGGUCUCAAGGACAUUCUGCAGCCUCUCUGCACAACUGAGCAGCAGGCUCUGGACAGGAGUGAAGGCCCAGCAAUGGAAGCCAACACUGGUGCCAGGACAGACACGGGGCAGAGUGAGGAAUCAUGGGGUCACCGCACUGCAGCUUCACCCAGGGCACACUGGCGGCACCCUCUAGGCUGCUCUGCCAGUGUCUCACCCCUGGGCUUUCAGUCAGAGCUUGACAGAGUGAUCGUGGCCCUGGCAUCAGCACUUUCUCAUGCAUGUGGGCAACCAGCUGGGGCCAACAGAAAGGCCUCUGGUCAGGUUGGUGAACAGCCUCUCCCCACCUGUCAACAAGACCCUCACAGGGCAAGUAACAUGCCCCUGAAGUCACAGCCGCCACCCUCAGAUGGAAAGCACCAAAGUACAAGCUCCCAGCAGGACCUGGGGCCUGGACAGCUCCCACAGUGUACCGCCAAAAGAGGAGACACCAUGAGCCCAGGUUCUAGGGGGUGGAUCCUGGGGCCUGGACUCAGACACAGAGCCUUUCCUGAGUUGCAGAGAAAGAUAUGGCUUGUGGAAGAUGCUUUGGAUGAGCUGAAUGAGGAGUUCUUCCAACUCAGUGCUCAAGCCCUCGAGCUUCAGAAGGAAAAUGACAAGCCAGGCCAACUGCCCCCAAGUGAAGGAAAUGCAUUUGCGGAGGUUCCCAACAUCUUGCCUUAUGUGUGGCUGGAAGACAGACUCUAUCCAGCAGAGGCAGGUGGCCCAGAUGAAGAGAAUUUGAGGAACAGUGCCCUGAGGAGUGAGCAGGCCCUGAUGCUGGGAGUGAGAAGAGCCCACCUGGCUCAGAGGAUUGAAGACCUGGAGUGGGAGCUGUCCCUGCUCCUCCAGGUGACAGAUGGCAGUGUGUGUGCAGGAGGGGACUGGCCCAGCCUAGGGAGACACUGAGUCACACAGGAUGCUGUGGUGGCCACCUGUAGGCGUGUCUUCUCCACAGAGAACACAACCAGGUUAAUCCACUCAGUCCUGGUAGGAAAGAGUGGGUGUCUGAAGGGCCACCAGGCCUGGAGGGUGUGCUCAGUUUCAGGACAUGUUCCUUUUGGGUAACACCCAACUUUUUUUUCAGAGCCUGGACUUGUACAGAUUUCUGCCUGGGAUCCUUUGGGGUGAGGAAAA